AAGACAACGAGGAAGAAGAAAAGCGUCAAUGCAAAGCAGCAUGGCGGCUGACAUGAGACUACCAACUAUUCGAAAACUAGUAUCUCUUUCUCAUUCCACUGGAGAUAGAAGAGAUCUCGUUGUGCCCGGUGAUGUAAUCACGUCAGACUCUGGUUUUAUGAGGGGCCAUGGUACUUAUGUGGAUGAGGAGAAAUUGACGGCUUCUGUAGCUGGAGAGGUGCAGCGGGUGGAUAAACUAAUUUGCGUUAGACCACUCAAGACCAGGUUUAACGGUGAGGUUGGUGAUGUGGUAGUUGGCAGAAUCACUGAGGUACAACAGAAACGGUGGAAAGUGGAAACAAACUCCCGGCUGGACUCGGUCCUUUUGUUGUCUUCUGUCAACCUGCCUGGAGGAGAACUGAGGAGAAGAUCAGCAGAAGAUGAACUCACGAUGAGAGAAUAUCUCGUCGAGGGCGACCUCAUCAGUGCAGAGGUGCAGUCAAUCUUUUCAGACGGCGCGUUGUCGCUUCACACUCGCAGCUUAAAAUACGGGAAACUCGGCCAGGGAGUGCUGGUCCAGCUUUCGCCGUCUCUCAUCAAGAGACAAAAAACACAUUUCCACAACCUCCCGUGCGGCGCCUCCAUCAUCCUGGGUAAUAACGGCUUUGUGUGGCUGUAUCCCACACCGGGACAGCAGGAGGAAGAGGCUGGGGGUUUCUACACCAGCCUUGAGCCUGUCAGCCUGUCUGAGCGCGAGGUGAUUUCCAGGCUGAGGAACUGCCUGCUGGCUUUGGCGGCGCACAAGGUCCUCGUGUUCGACACGAGUGUUCUCUACUGCUACGAAUCUUCGCUUCAACACCAGGUUAAAGAAAUCCUCAAACCAGAAGUGAUGGAAGAGAUUGUAAUGCUGACACAACAUAAGCUUAUUGAACAGGAAGGUUAAGUCGAGUCGCUUGUUUUUGUAUGCUCUCUGCUUUUGUAACAGUAAGUAAAAGUCUUAUAAUUGUACUUUUGUAAU